AAACGACACUUAAGUAGAGAACUAUGUUACUGACGCAUCAACUAUGCCUAUUAAUAUUAAUCUCUACUUCAGCUGUAAUAGCCACAUCCACCACAAGCACAAACUCAACCAGUGAUUCAACAGAUACCCCAAUCACUGAUAAUAUUGCAGUAACAAGCAUUCCAUCUGAGAAUACAACUACACCAUUCGCAAACAAUGCCACAACCCCACUGCUGUCAACGCAUGCUAGCAAUGUCACAUCUCCACCUUUAUCUACUCAAGGCAACGUGACAAGCUUAUCUACAGUUGUACCAGAAAACGCUACCAGUUCAUCAGCGAUUACACCAGGAAUUGCCACAGCUUCACCUGCACCUGUAACAACAGCAGCAGCCAGCACCACAAGUCCACUUGUGCCUACACCAGAGAAUGCUACAAACCAUCCUGUAACUUCACCAGACAAUGCCACAACUGGUCCUUUACCUGAGCCAGGCAACAGCACAAACACACUCCAAACUACAAGAGGCAAUGGCACUACUCCUCCCAUUAGCACACCAAGCAACAGCACAGCUUCACCAAUGACAACACCAAACAAUGUCACAAUUACAACACAGACUACACCAGGUAAUGCUACAACAGCAAACCAUGCCACAACUCCACCCUUAACCACAUAUAUUUCAAAUCAAAGUACCCCAGGGAAUAAUGCAACAGUAAAUGCUACCACACCACCCAUAACUACACCAGUAAAUGCAACUGCACCACCUACAAUUACACCAGGGAACAAUGCAACAGUAAACGCUACUACACCACCCAUAACUACACCAGUAAAUGCAACUGCACCACCUCCAACUACAACAGGGAACAAUGCAAUAGUAAACACUACCACACCACCCAUGACUACACCAGGGAAUAAUGCAACAACAACAGUAAAUGCUACUACACCACCUCUAACUACACCAGUGAACAAUGCAACAGUAAAUGCUACUACACCACCCAUAACUACACUCGAGAAUAAUGCAACAGUAAACGUUACCACAACACGCAUGACUACACCAGUAAAUGCUACUAUACCACCUUUAACUACACCAGAGAAUAAUGCAACAGUAAAUGGUACCACACCACCCAUUACUACAACAGUAAAUGUUACUACACCACCUUUAACUACACCAGGAAACAAUGCAACAGUAAACGCUACCACACCACCUAUAACUACACCUGUAAAUGUUUCUACACCACUUCUAACUACUUCAGUUAAUAACACAACAGUUAAUGCUACCACACCACCCAUGACUACACCUGUAAAUGUUUCUACACCACUUCUAACUACUUCAGUUAAUAACACAACAGAUAAUGCUACCACACCACACAUGACUACACCAGGGAAUAAUGCAACAACAACAGUAAAUGCUACUACACCACCCAUAACUACACUCGAGAAUAAUGCAACAGUAAAUGCUACCACAACACCCAUGACUACACCAGGGAAUAAUGCAACAGUAAAUGCUACCACACAACCCAUAACUACACCAGGAAACGCUACAACAGAGAAUGCUACCCUACCACCUCAGUCUACACCAAGAAAUGCUACUACACCACCCAUAACCAACUCAACAACUGGACCCACUGUCUCUACCACUAACCCAACUAACACUGCAACCACACCAGCUACCUGUCCUGCAGUGCCCUGUCCACCACUCAGUGUCUGUGUGAACUCCACCUGUCAGUGCGUGACAGGAACUAUUCCUUUAAAUAAUGCCUGUGUGGAAACUAAAACCUUCAGUAGUUCACUUCGGGUGAACCGCACUUUUGUAAAUGCUAUGAAUGAUCCCAAAUCACCUGAAUUCCAGGAAACUGCUAAAGAGAUAAUUACUGCGGUAAAUGAAGCUCUGCGUAACCAGCCAAACUACAUUAACAGCAUAGUAAUUAAACUGAUGUCUGGCAGUAUAGUGGCCUCAGUAAACAGUUUUUUUGAGCCCAAUUCUCUAGUCACACAGGAAUCGGUUAUAUCUGCCAUGAAUACUGCUAUAAGAGAUUGUGGAGUGACAAGCUGUGGCAUUCUUACUAAUGCUCAAUACACUGCAACCAACCUGUGUGAGCAAGAUCUUCCUCCUUGUGAUGUUGACACUACAGUGUGUGAGGCCAAAGAUGGGACCCCUGUUUGUACCUGUAAACCUGGCCAUGUAUCUAGCCAAUACCAGGCCAGAAGCUGUAGAGUUUGCCCUAGUGGAUACAAAGCGCAAGAGAACAUGUGUGUUCAAUGUCCAUUUGGCUAUUCUGGAUUCAACUGUGAUGACUCCUCUUUGUUGGCUCUAGUGGUGGUGGCGUGUGUGUUAGGGGGAAUUCUACUCAUUGUGAUUUUGGCUGUUCUCAUCUACAUCUGUGUAACUCGUGGCAAGAAGUCAUCAAACAGCAAUUAUUACAGCAGCCCGUACCCUGCUGAGGAGUUCCGGGCCACGUGGCCCUCUCAGAAUGUAACCCAUAUUCCUCGUGCCACUCUGGCAUCUAGUUCCAGCAUUGAUGCCACUGGCAACAGUCUAGAGAUGGCUGAAGGGCCAGGCAGGAAAGGCCACAGUAAUGGAUUGAAGAUUGGAGGAAAGUCGGGCUCGUAUGACCUCAGAACAGAUGGCAUGAGGACCUUUAAGGACAUAAACCCCACACGGUACUCUUAUCUGAUGGGUCAUGAAAACCCCUACUUCACACAAGGAAAUGAGAAGAGAUGAGGAAAACAGCAGAGAAAUCCAGUGAGAAGUAAGAGGACAAGAAAAGAGUGCAAUAACGACAUGAAUUAUAAAAAGGCCUUGGAUCAAAAUGUUUCAGGAACGUUAACGCUGUCAAAACCAAACAGCUGAUCACAGACUCAAAGAAUAUACACAAACGGCAUUUGAGAGAUACUUUAUAUAUAUAUAUAUAU